UUACGUGGUGAACAUAGGACUGAUAGACAAGCUGUGCUGCUGUUUCCUCUCUGUUCAAGGCCCUGUUGAUGAGAAUCCCAAAAUAGCAACUUUUCUACAAAGUGCCACAGCAGUGUUGCAUGGAAUAUGUCAACUCUGUUUUGGUGUCAAUGGAAGAUCUUGGAGCAUAUUUGACAGUACACGUCAGGACCCCACAGGACUAACGGCAGUUCUCCAGUCUACAGAUCUGGUUGGAGUCUUGCAUAUGCUGUACUGUGUUCUUUUCCACGGGACAAUUUCAGAUCCAAACACAGCCAGCCCUAAAGACAGCUAUGCAGCGAACACAGUCCAGGUUGCCAUUCAGAGUUUACGUUUCUUCAAUAGCUUUGCUGUUCUUGAUCUGCCUGCCUUUCAGUCUAUUGUGGGUGCCGAAGGCCUGUCCCUUGCAUUCCGGCAUAUUAUCAGCUCUCUGCUGUGGUACUGUUCCCAGAAUACCUGUGAAGGAUUGCUCCACGAAGUCAUUAUUUGUGUGGGAUAUUUUACUGUAAACAACACUGAUAAUCAG